GCACUACUAUAUUUAGUGGUUUUUGACCAAAACUUUCAGUGACGUCAGUUGCCCGCACUUUUGUUGUUAGAAAACUUCUAAAACAUUAGAAAACAUGUCUGACAGUGAUAAUAACAGCUCAUCUAAUAAUGCUUCACCGAGGACGAACGCUGUUGGAAGAAGUUUGUCAACUAAAAGAGAAGAUUAUUUAGAAUGGAGUGACUACUUUAUGGCUAUAGCAUUCUUGUCGGCACAAAGAAGUAAGGAUCCACGUACACAGGUUGGUGCCUGUAUUGUGAAUGAAGAGAAGAAGAUUGUGGGUAUAGGGUACAACGGUAUGCCGAACAAGUGUUCCGAUGACAACAUGCCGUGGGGACGUGAGGCAGAUAAUAUACUGGAAACUAAACAACUCUAUGUUUGUCAUGCAGAAUUGAAUGCUGUUCUCAAUAAGAACUCUGCUGAUGUGAAGAACUGUUCUAUAUAUGUAGCAUUGUUCCCAUGUAAUGAGUGCGCAAAGGUUGUGAUACAGUCUGGCAUCAAGGAAGUGAUCUAUUACUCGGAUAAAUAUCAUGAAAGACCAGAGUUUCGAGCAUCAAAGAGAAUGUUCGAUAUGGCAGGUGUAAAAUACAGGCAAUAUCGACCAGCGCAGAAACAAAUAGUGAUAGAUUUCACAACCAUAGACGAGAUGUCGAAUGGCGUGAUCGCAGACAUGGAUUCGCUUAGUCUCAGCCCAAAGUCCGAGAAUUCUGUACCAGACUCUACUAGCUGAUCUGAUAUAAUGUUAGAAUAUGCAAGAAAUAUUAUUCAAAAUUUGUGAAGGGAAAUACUUUAAAAACUACAUUAUUAUGCCAUGUAGAGAUUAUACUAUACCUCCAGAUGUAAAUUUUUAAAAAAUUGGACAUAAAAAUGGUAUUUGAAGUGUUAAAAUAAAUGUAGUAGAUAAGAUAUUUAGCAGGGUAAAGACAUGAGUAAGGAUGAGUUUGCUUACUAUAGCUUGAUACAUUA